GGCUUGAUUUAACCUCAUCUCUCCGUCGCCAUCGGUCCUCAUACCUGGAACAAGGCAAACCUGACGCUUUCAGCAUUCUAUACUCCAUACCAGAAGAAAUAUACGGAGCAGCAGAGAGGGCGAAAAGGGCGACUUUAACACCUCGGCUCGUUAAGAUACCUAAUCAGAAAAACCGAUUUCCGACUAAUCACAUGUGAACGUUCCCCGACCAAGAUAUAUUCGAGACUGUCUUCUGUCGGUCGUCUAUUCUUGGGAAACCCCAGUGAGCCUCUCAAUCUUCCAGGAAAUCGACCAUCUGCUCCCUAUUUGCGGUGGACAACUAGCCAUGCCACCGAUUCCACCACUUUUCGUGCUCCAAAUCCCGCCGACAUUGAAUGCUGGCUCAUCCGCUCAAAGCGAGCAAGGGAACUUCAUAUGCACCCAAGCUGCUCCCCAAGUCUACCUCCUGUCGUUCUCCAGUCCGCCCGACAAUCGCCUCACUCCGGCCUUCAAUCAAACAUUCCUGCUGGCACUUGACAUUAUUGAACACCGUCUGCCCCGCGGAGUGGUGAUUACCACUUCGUCCAUCACCAAAUUCUAUUCCAAUGGCCUCGACUUCGAAAACGCCAUCAAAGAUCCGACCUUCUUCCCAAACAGUCUUUACCCUCUGUGGCGCCGCUUGAUCACAUAUCCAAUGCCUACAGUAGCAUUGUUAAACGGCCAUGCCUUUGCAGGCGGCCUUAUGACCGCCAUGAUGCACGACUAUCGCAUCAUGAACCCUCACAAGGGUUUCUUGUGCCUCAACGAGCUUGAUUUCGGCGCAGCUCUUCAGCCGACCAUGGCGACAGUAUUUCGAGUAAAGUUGGACAUGACGACUUUCAGGAAUAUGGUCUUGGAGAGCAGGAGAUAUCCGGCCCUCGAGGCCUUGAAAGAGGGCAUCAUUGAUGGCGUCGGAGGCGUUGAUGAGACUCUUGCCUUUAUUUCGGAGAUGAAGCUGACUCAGAAGGCCCAAGGAAAGUCGUACGGUCAGAUCAAAGAGGAACUCUACCGGGAGAUCGUCAAAGACAUAGACGAGAGCGCCGAAACCCGCGCAAAGCUGGCCGCGAGAGAUCUGGACCGCAAUCGUCGGGGACUGGAAUCGAGGAGAAGAGUCGAUGAGUAUCAGGCGGUGGUCCAGAGGGCGAAGCUCUGAUUACGGACAGGCAUCAAGCAUAGUCAGGACUCGAGGUUAUUUCCUGACAUAAAUUCCGACUUCAAGUUCCAGCACAAAGGUUUUUGGGCCUGGGUGCCUAUGUAACAGAAAUAUGAGAUAGUAAAACGCCGAUACUGGAAUUGCACUCUCCUUGCAGGCUGCACUGACUAACAGUUGGC